AUGAGUAGAGUUCUUGAAGCUGUCUUUUUUGGAAUGAAAGACCCAAAUGCUAUUUUUUACACGCGAGCUCUUUCUAGAGCCAAAAAAGGUGUCAUAACCAGAAAAGAACAAGCAGAAAUAAGUUCUCGUCACAUAUCCAGCAUGUGUGUUAGAUUUAUUGGUGCUCCUAUAUCAAUAGCUGUUGCUUAUUAUAUUCCUAUUCCUGAUUUUUUUUACCCUAUCUUUUGAAGAUCCUGCACAUUUAUAUUAUGCUACCGCUCUAUAACAAUCCCAGUUCUCCUCAAAAAUCGUAAUUUUUUAAAAGAAAUUGCAAUAAAAUACGAUUUAUUAAACAAGCCUGAGCUAUUGAACCCUCCAAAGGGUAAAAUUGAUACGAUAGAUCAGAGGCUUGAUAGCGGAAAGGAUGGAAAUAAUGAGACCUUUGCUGAGUAUAUAGAAAGGAUUAAAGAAACUGAAAAAAGGCUGCGCGAAGAGUAUGAAUUUGAUAAGCAUUAUAAGAAAAGCGUAAGAUAUGAAAGUUAUGAAGAAUAUAGGGAUCGGAAAUUAGCAAAGAGAAAAUAA